UGUUAAUUCUUAAAUAAUUUCACAUUCUCUCUUUCUCUCUCAUCUCUCCAACUCUUUUAUUGUAUUUUAUACAAUUCUCUCUCUUGAACACCAAAAAUUAUUGUUCUGUAUGAUAUAGAGUACAUGUUUUUUUUUGGUUUCAAAGCAAUGCUAUGUUAUUGCAACAUUGAGUGCUAGUAACAGUGUAACAGCAACUUUUAUUAUUAUUUCAGGUAACACCGGAAAAAAUGGUUGUGGAAAAGAGAGGGGAAUUGAAGAAUAGGAUAAUAGUAGGGGGAGUGCUGACUGGGAACAAUAAGCAUAGCGAUUAUCGAUGUAUGCCAUCUCGUAAUUGGGAAAUUGGUUACUCUGUUUUGGAUCUCAACACUGGUGAAGUCUCAUCACUUCCUAGUAUCGAGCUAGAUUAUGGUUCCAUGCCUCCCAUGGCUGCUGUGGGAUCUCGACUUUAUACUUUUGAGGAUGGCGAAUCAGUCAAACCAAAACCAACACCAAAAACUAAGAAAGGUAAGAUGAAGAUGAAGAUGAAGAUGAAGAUGAAGAUGAAGAUGAACCAGAAUCAGCAACAGGAACAGGGCUUAUCUUCAUCUCAUUUCUUAGAUCUGACCAAACCUCAAAAAGGUUGGAGACUAGCCGCCGCUGGGGUCGAUCCGUCGCAGCCAAUGGGUGUCAUCGCAUUUGGUGGGAAGAUGUAUGUUUUUACAAACACUCAAUUAUCUUUUAUUUGCGAGGUUUUCGAUCCUCAACAUAAUCAGUGGCGUCGCUUAAAGCCGCCUCCAUUUCCACCGUCACCCGGUGGUGGGGACGGGGACGGGGAUGGGGAUGAGGAUGAAGAUGGGCCCAUAGCAACUCCUCCAGUUAUGUUGGAUUCCAAAAAUAACAGAAUAAUUAUGUGCUUCAACAAUAUCUCAACAAUGUAUGCCUACUAUCCUUGUGAGGAUCAAUGGCGGUGUGUGGUUGAGGGGUUUAGAGGAUGGUUUAGAGGAACAGAGCACUUGACUAUGGCAGACGAUGGGGUUAUCUAUGUUUAUACUCCCAGAAGGAAUGCAUUAUUUAGUGCUUAUGAUACAGUCAACAAAGAAUGGUUGCUCGUUUCCUUAUCAACCUUUGUUCAUGUUGUCCAAUUCAAAGUCAAAAUAAAUGACUCUAAAGAGGUGCUUGUCACUCCACUUUCUUCCCAAUACUAUCAUCUCCAAUCUCGCUGCUCUGCUUUUUGUUACCUCCCUGUCUAGGUACUGGCUUCUUCCAUUGGAGUAAAACAACACAGAGAAGAUAUGAGAGAGAAAGACAGGGACGACAAAAGACGAAACAAACUUUCUGUUAUUAUCAAUUUAUCAGAUUAAUUAAUUAACUACUUCCUUUAUUCUUAUUUAUAUGACACCGUUGGGGUUUUGAUACUA